GGAAUGGAACACUUGAAAACUCAUGAUAUGGAGGGGAAUGGAACACCUGAAUCACAUGAUAUGGAGGGGAUUGGAACACCUGAAUCACAUGAUUGGGAUGGGAUUGGAACCCCCGAAUCACAUGAUUUGGAGAGGAUUGGAACACCUGAAUCACAUGAUUGGGAGGGGAUUGGAACACCUGAAUCACAUGAUAUGGAGGGGAUUGGAAACACCUGAAUCACAUGAUUGGGAGGGGAUUGGAACACCUGAAUCACAUGAUUGGGAGGGGUAUUGGAACACCUGAAUCACAUGAUUGGGAGGGGAUUAAAACACCUGAAUCACAUGAUAUGGAGGGGAUUGGGAACACCUGAAUCACAUGAUUGGGAGGGGAUUGGAACACCGUGAAUCACAUGAUAUGGAGGGAUUGUGAACACCUG